AUCGGAGUUCAGUUCGAGUCUGCUGCGCUGAAAUUUUUGGCCAACACGUUGGUGAGCUAUCUCUUGCGAUAACGCUUCUGACGUCUAAAAUGCCCACUGUGCCGUCUCUUUGCUCAAUCCAGCCGUUGACUUCCACGAGACGGUUCUACCAUGGCUCUCUCAGCCCUUUUUGAACCGGCAAACAUUGUCGUCGCCCUCAUCGUUGCUGUAGCCUCGACUGUUAUCUACAGGGUGUAUUUCCACCCUUUAUCGCAUAUACCGGGCCCUCUAGGAGCAAAGAUUAGCUCUCUGUGGUUAUACAGACUUACGUACUACGGUAUCGAAGCAAGCACCCUCGAUUCGCUCCACAAGCAAUAUGGACCUGCAGUUCGCAUCGCGCCCAACGAAGUCGAUAUAUCGGACGGCGCCGCAAUCCACGCGAUAUAUGUCAAAGGCGGUGGAAUGAUGAAGAAUAAAUGUUACGUCAACUUCGACAUUGAGGGAUUUCAUACAUUAUUUUCAGCUACCGAUCCUGCUCACCGAGCUGUUCGAAGCAAGGCUGUCGUAAGCAUGUUUUCGCAAGGCAACAUUCGCGAGGGGAAGGACGUGGUACAGGCCUGUGUUCAAAGAAUGGCAGAGAAGAUGCGGAAAGAGCGUGAUGAGUCAAAGGGACGUCCGGUCAAUCUUCUUAACAUCACCCGUAGUCUUGCCCUCGACGCCGUCACCGGCUAUCUUUUUCAUAAGCCUUACAAUGGCAUCAUGGAGGCUAAGCUAAGCGCAAGUCAUUUCGUCAAUUCCUUCGUGGCCGUGGGAAGGUUCUUUUACCUUCCGAACUGGAUUUUUACGUUGCUUGAGUUUUGGCAAAGUAGACUGGAGGAAUUCAAACCUGAAGUCUACCACAGCUUUGCCUCGGUCGACAGGUUCGCUGCAAAGCUUGUGGACGAAGCUCGUGCACAAAGCAACAGGGACAGUGAAACGUACCAAGCAAGAUUGUUGAAUGCUGGCAUCAGCCGGGAGGAAACCAUUGCGCAAUGCAAAGACUUGAUGUUUGCUGGCACUGACUCGACCGGCAUGAACCUAGCAACAAUAUGCUGGUAUCUUGCCAAACAGCCAGCUACGUACGCGAAGCUUCGGGACGAGAUCAUGAAGGAUCCGAGUGCAGAUCCUCAAACGCUCCCGUAUCUCAGCGGCGUAAUCAAAGAGGGACUUCGCCUGUCUAUGGCGAAUCCCACACGCCUUCCGCGCAUUGUAUCGAAUCCCGGCCUGAAUGUGCCCGGCCUUCCAUUUAUACCUUCUGGGGCAAGCGUUGGCGUUUCCGCGUACUCUCUUCACUUUAACAAUGAAGUAUUCAGAAACGCGCGUGAAUUCAUACCCGAACGGUGGUUGACACCGUCAGAAGAGAUGCUGCGCGAUUUCUUUGCCUGGGGUGCGGGUCCGCGGCAGUGCAUUGCAAGGAAUCUCGCUACGGCAGAGUUGUUCUGGGCAGUGCAAGCUCUUGUUCUAGAUGAUGUGCUGAAUGGAGCAAGAGUAGUGCAAGAUGAAAUUCGGAUUAUUGAAUGGUUCAAUUCCAAAGUCGUCGACGAGAAGAUCGAGCUUGUCUGGCUAGAUUCUUGAAAAUCAUAUCGUCUUGAGCUCUGACAGCGUAGUGGGAAGGCACUCGCUGCGAGUAAGAUUACUCGCGACAUAUCAUUCCUCUGGUCGCUUGUAUAUAAAAAUCCUUCGAUCAUUGUAUCAAAGAUCAGCACAAAGAUACAGAGGUUGAUGAAGAGCGAACAAAUCAACUAAUUGAAGCCUUUCAUAUAUUGCAGCUUAUGACCAAAGCAUCGAUAAAGUUAAAAGACUAGCUAUGUCUAGAUUUCGUUCCUAAAAGGCCUGAACUAUUG